AUGAAGUAUGCAAUUAUUUCACACAAUAUUGAUUUUGUUACAUUCAUGAUAUAUGAAUACCAAAGAUGGAUCGAUUUAAAUGAUUGCAGAGACUAUAACAAUUUCGAAUCACUUUUAGUUUAUUUCGAUCAAACUAAAGAUAUUAAAGAAUGCUUUCUUAAUUCUAUUUUGUUUGACAUUCCAUCAGUUUGCGAAUAUUUCCUAUCGCAUGGUGCAAACAUCAAUGGAAAAUUAUAUUAUGAUAAAACUGCACUUCAUUUUGCGGCAAUAUCUGAUAGUAAAGAAAUAGUUGAGCUUCUUAUUUCACGUGGUGCAAAUAUCAAUGAAAAAGAUGAUGAUGGAGAAACUGCACUUCAUUUUGCGGCAAGAGCUAAUAGUAAAGAAAUAGUUGAGUUUCUUAUUUUGCAUGGUGCAAAUAUCAAUGAAAAA